AACUCAAAAUAUGUUUAACAUUCCGAAACACUUACGUUUUAACAUCGACUCUGAUCCUGACAAUGAAGACGGUCCAAUCGAUCCGGAUUAUGUGUUCAUUAGACCCGAAGAUGUCAACGAUAUUUACGAAUACUUUAAAAAGAGUCGAAUUAUCAUGUAUCCAGCGGAUGGCAGCCAUGAAGUGUGGAUGACACCGAAACUAAUUGUUCUAUUCGAAGAUGGCAGCAUCAAUAAUGUCGCUGAUAUAGUAGCGGACAAUUUGGUACAUCCGCUGGGCAAGGGUCGGGUGGCCAGCAUAAUUGUCCAAGAAUCCAUGCUCGAGCCCCUUAUUGAACAGAUCAAGAUCCGUAUGCGGCCAAUGGAUAAGCGCGUAGUGGCACAUCCGAAUUUUAUAAAAUCGCUUAACCUAAUAGAACGACUGCGACCGAAAACGAUUUGUAUGGAAGAGUUCGAUGAGAGCGAUGUGAAGAAGAACGAUGGCCAUAUGAUACCGGGCUCCCCAAUAAUAGUAUGCGAUUUUCCACAAUUCUACUUUGGCAAGAAGCCAACAGGCAUUAUUACGCUUAACAGUUUUCGGCACUUUAAUGAACUUAUCAAAUUGGCCAAUCGGGAGGACGUACCCUUCACAAUGGUCUCGGUGUGGACCGAAAAGACUGCCCAUGUUUAUGAGCUGGCAUCCAGAUUCCGUAAGGCUACAUAUUUUCUGCUCAACUCUAUAAAGGCGCCACUGAAACCUAUAAUGCCGUUUAUCAAGAGAGAUGAAAAUACGGUUCUCACAGCUGAUAACUUUCAUUACGAGACGAUUACAACUCUAGGAAAACAGAACAAACGCCAAUUUCUGUUACCGUGGAUUCUUUUCAUGCUGUGCGAUUUGCUCAUUGAAUGCGGCCACCUUUUACAUCUGACUGUGUCGAAACGAGUCGUUUUUGAUCCGAUUGUGGGUUUCAUUUUCACCAUAGACUUCUUCAUACUCUGUCUUAAUCUCUACUGUUUGCUAUGUGUGAUAUCACAGUACCAGGAAUAUCGUGACCAGCGAGCCGAGGAGGCCCUACCGGUGUCGCCCAUUGUGAUAGUCACCGCACCGCAGAAAACGAAAAAAUCUCAGACGCUUAAAGCGCCAGAAGGGAAGACGCGUCAGACGCGGCGACUUCUUGCCGCCAGUCCAUUGAUAACCUCCCAGCGCUUGACGAAUUUCUCGACCAUCACGGAAGAGGAGGAACAGCAAAUUAAAUGCAAAAAAAUAGCCGCCAGUUCAGGUGCAGCUGCACUGUCCGAUACAACGGAAGUGCGAGUGGGAGUGGGAGCGAAUGCGGAAAAAGAAGGCCAUGGCAUCAACGGCAGCUGUGAACAGCUUUCUGAGAAUCCAUCACCCCAAGAGCCAGACGAAGGGGUUAAUGCAGGAAUACCAAUUAUAAUUUCAGAGCCCAGCUCGUUGCCAUAA